ACUGUCAAAUUUAUUUGGUUUAAACAGUUGUAUUAGUUAUUUUUUUCCGUAUUAAAUAAAUGUGUAUUAUCAGUUGUCUCUUAUCUGUGUUCGAUGUAUAGUUGGAAUGAAUGGACUCUGUUGUAUGCGGUUUUUAUUAAAACUACACAUAGCCUUGGAUUAGCGCACUACCAUGAAUAAAUAAACAAGAAAUUGGUUGAAACAAUGUGUUAAAGUACUGAAAAGUAGUCCAAAAUAUUCUCAUAUUGGUGCCCUCAACAAACAAAAUUCUGAUUCUAGAUUGAACCUGGGGCUUUUUCACAAUCAUUGAGAGGAGCUGAUUGUAAUAUUGUUUUUACAAUAAUUGACUUGAAGAUGGGCUAUCCAUCUUCAAUUGCAAAAUAAAUGCUACUAACACAACUGGAUAAAGAACAACACUUUUCUUGCAAAUUAUGUGAAAACUCUUUAUAGCGUAACUUUUUAUCAGAAUGAGGAUAUGCAGCAACAGAUAAUUAAGGAGACAUUUCAACUGGUGUCGAAGCGGGACGAUAAUGUGUGCAAUUUUCUGGAGGGAGGAAGUUUAAUAGGUGGCUCAGACUACAAGUUAAUUUACCGGCACUACGCCACACUGUACUUCGUGUUCUGUGUGGACUCGUCCGAGAGCGAGCUCGGGAUACUGGACCUUAUACAAGUUUUCGUUGAAACAUUAGACAAAUGCUUCGAGAACGUUUGCGAACUGGACUUGAUCUUCCACGCCGAUGCCGCACACCAGGUACUUGACGAGCUGGUGAUGGGCGGCAUGGUGCUACAGACAAACAUGGCGGACAUCCUCUGUCGGCUACAGGAACAGAACAAGAUGCAGAAAGCUGAAGCGGGUAUAUCGGCUGCGCCUGCGCGUGCUGUCUCCGCGGUGAAGAGUAUGAAUCUCCCGCAACAGCUGAGGGAUAUGAAACUCCCCGAUCUACCACAGGCCAUCAAGGACUUGAAGUUCUGACCGCUACAGCAGGGGAAUUACCCCGCCACGCCCGUCGCCAUAGCAACGAACAUUUUAAACACCAUUUACCCUCACAACGACAAAUAUCAAAAUCUCCAACGACCGACUGAAUAUACUACAAAAUUCUUUGGUUCGGAAACUCUGAGUACGAAAUUCUCUGAAACUUUCACUGAAAACUAUCAGCAGACCGAAGGUGUUAAUUUUCCUAAUUAUGAAAGUUCAAAGACAGAUGGUUAUCAAGAUUUGAGUGGGACAACAGCCGAGUACGACUACAACGAGGUAAGGAGA